UCAAGUAUUUCUCUCGCAAUAGAACAAAAAGAAAUAUACAAAUAUGAGUAAAACGGUUAGCGAAGCACAAUUGAAGUCUUACUACGAAGUGGCUGUGGAUUUGGUCAAAAAAUGUGGCCCCCUUAUGCUGGAGGGCUAUCAGAAGGGCCAAACAGAUUUCAAGGUGAAAGCCGACUUUUACGAUCUGGUCACCGUAUAUGACAAACAGAUUGAGGAUAAGCUCACCAAAGGUCUACUGUCGGCCUUCCCCGAAUCUCUCAUCAUCGGAGAGGAGGAAUCGGCGGCAACGAAACGUCUGCCGGAAUUAACUGAUGCACCAACAUGGAUAAUAGAUCCUAUUGAUGGUACCACUAACUUCAUACGUCGCAUUCCACAUUGUUGCAUAUCCGUGGGUCUGGCCAUCAAUAAAGAACUUGUUGUGGGCGUUGUUUACAAUCCGCCGGCUGACGAGUUAUUUACCGCUUGGAAAGGACAUGGUGCCUUUUUAAAUGGCCAGCCCAUAAAUGUCUCAAAAGUCAGCAAGAUAAACCAAGCUGUGAUUGCUUACGAAAUCUCACUCAUACAUGCGCCAUCAGUCAGAGACAAGAACAUAAAACGCAUAUAUAAGUUGGCUUCGAAUGCAACCGGCACUCGAUGCUUCGGCAGCGCUGCACUGACUCUCUGCUAUGUGGCCACGGGUCAGGUGGAUGUUUAUCACAUUGAGGACUUGAAGCCUUGGGAUUUGGCCGGCGGUGCCGUUAUACUGCGUGAGGCCGGUGGUGUCGUUUGUCACACAAAUGGUGGCGAAUUCGAUAUAAUGAAACCAAACUGUGUGUGCACUUCUACCAAGGAGUUGUCGAAAGAAGUGAUUUCUCUGAUUGAUGAGGCCAACCAAAUUAUGGAAUAUACUUUUAAGUAAGCCCAUCCACUCACAUAUCCACACAUACUAUAUACAUAUGUAUUGUUUUCAUGAUAAAUAUGCAAGUGUAUUAUUUUUUAAUAAAAAUAAAUCAACAGCAGAAUAGUUUCAUCUA